AUGAUGGGUUGUCCUUUUAGCCCAGAGGUUCUUGAAUUUAUUGUAACGAGACAACGGUUCGAACUCAUUCGUAUUAAUCAUAAGAAACUUGGACCCUUCCCCAUAGACGAUGACAUUCUCGCCAAGCUCACUGCUUCCGAAUUCAUCAUCGAUGCUGAAACCAGGAUAACUGUCGACGGUAUCAAAUCUUUCCUUGGGGUGAAGAUCUCACAAUACUGUGAGCAUUACGUCAGUAUUCUUCUGAAGGAUGCUGAGUACGUGGCUAUUCAUGGAGUCGACGCCGUAGUUGAGCAACGUACUAAAGCGAGCAUGGCAUGCGAUGUGGCCUUGAAAAGACUGCCUGGAAGCAAGAAUGACAUCGAACCUUCUAUUCGAAAUUCUCAUGAAGAAGGAGCAGCCAGAUAUUCAGAUAGAACUGCUAUAAACAAGAACCAGCAGAUUGCUACGGAAAGUAAUGAUUGCAAGUUAAACGCAGCAUCCGAGGAACUGACCGAUCUCUCACUGAGCCACCCGACGGACUAUUUUCCUUGGAAUCGGCUGCCAAGGGAGCUACAAGUGGAAAUUCUGCGACAUCUUACUCGUUCCGAUCUUGAUAAAUGUCGUGUGCUGAAUCGGGAGACGUUCCAGCUCAUUCGACGCAACGAGGAAUCGAUGAAGAGAAGAAUCGUCGAAUACUUGCAGAUUCGAAUUUAUUAUACUGACAGGGAUCUGAGCAUGCUCUAUCGAGGACAACAGCGAACUCGUUACGAUUUUGAGCAUGCCCUACAAGAUCUUCAGAACGCGUUUUCUCCAUGGGAUUGUUGUAGUCUAUCGAAGCUCCUCAAAAAUGCCACAAUUCAACACCUGGAAAUAGGAAAUGGGGAUCUGACAAACAAUGUUCUGUGGCCGAUUUCUUCAUGUUUCCUGAAUAUGGACUGUCGAGUGCAGAAGUUGUCAAUAAGAGAUACAUCAGUUGUUGACGUUUCUUCUUCUGUUUUUCUUGAGUUUCUUCGGAACGCCGCUCCAACGCAUAUAGAAUUCUUCAGAAUCAGCGGCUGUUCGUGUGAUAAUUUCAGCUCAGAGGUUCUCGAAUUUAUUGUUACAAGACCAAAAUUCGAGCUGUGGUCUGUUGGACCUGAGCCCUUCCCAAUAGACGAUGACAUUCUCGCCAAGCUCACUGCUUCCGAAUUCAUCAUCGAUGUUACUACCAAGAUAACUGUCGACGGUAUCACGUCUUUCGUUGGGGGAUUGGCAAGCGGGAAACAUGAGCUGGUUCGCGGGCGAAUGAGAAUUUGUAUUUCCCUUGGAUCAUUGCCAUUUUCCACACCUUCGAACAUCAAGGCGUUCUAUGAUGGUUGUACGUUAACGCUAUGGCAUAUUAUGACAAUAUGA